AUGAACCAAGAUUUAAUUUGCAAAAAAAUAAACAAUCUGAGAAUCGGUGCCGAACCAUCUUUAAGAAACAACUCUUCGAGGAUUGAGCGAAUAUUAAAUGAUGGCUUGCCCUUAUUUUCAGAUGAGGUAGGCAGUUUCACAUCAAAUGCAGAAAAGUUUUACAUUUCAACAUCUAAUAGAGAAAUAGAAAAUAUGAAAAUAGAGGUGAGGAAUUACUUAAAUAAUGAAAAAUGGGAUUUAAUAAACAAACAAUAUGUUAAUGUAUUAAAGAAUUUAGAUAGUCUAACAAAUAUAAUUUUUUGCAUACAAAAAAAUUAUUCUGAUAAUAUACAAUAUAUUAAUAUUUCACAAUCAUAUAGCAUGGCUUCAACUAGUGAGACUCUAAAUGCAAGAUCAUUUCGAAUAAACGAGGCAUCAAAAAACGAAUUACUAAUUUCAAUAUAUAAAAGGUUAUGUAUGCUAAAACCUUUUAUUGAAAAAAUAAACAAUGAAAUUCUAAGAAUACCAGACCGUAUUAUUACUCACAAAGGUGCGUUAAGUACAUUAAAUGAGUUAUUACCUAUUUGGAAAAUUACUAUGUAUUCACAGACCAAUAGUGAAACCCAAUGCUUCUAUAGUCACGAAAAUAUAUUGUCAAGCGUAGUAUGUCUGCAAUUACCUCUAAAAAAUAUAUUCAAGCAAAAGGAAAGUUUUACAUCAAGACCUAUGGCACGGAUCGAUCAUGAUAAUUUAUUUAGUGAUGUUUUAGUCAAUUUAUUUUUCAAUAAUAAGAAUGAGUUUAUUUCUUAUAAUGGAAAAUGCAAUCUUCAUGUUUCAAUAAAACUUCCAGAAUUUACUUCUUAUUUAAUAAAUAAUAAUUAUCAACUUUAUGUUAAAAUCAUUCCAAAUAGAUCACCAGCUAAAAAUAACACUUACAGUACAACACCAAAAGUUGAUUUCCCAAUUUGCAUAAAAAGCACACUAGCUAAACAAAUACAUUCAAUUCUUCAUAAAAUUCACUGGACACUAAUUGACAGGUCAAUUUUUCAUACUUUAAUGCAACAAAUUGCCAAUAUACAAAGGGAUAAUCCAGAAAUGAUUUUUAUUAAGGAGCUUAGUAGUGAAAACAUUACAUUUUCAAUUAAUGAAACAAGUCUAUCUAACGAUGCUAAUUAUUACAAUUUUGGCCUGGAACUAAAAAGUAUAUCUAUUAGUUUCAAACCUAUUAAUAAUAAAGAGGAUUGCUUCUUGAGUAGCAAUGAGCUGAAUGCAUUGAAAUUACUAAGAGAGUCAUUUUUAGAAAUUUGGAAACACUCAAUUGAAUUAAAUUUAGAUACUCCGCUUGAAAACCCAAUGUGUGGUGUUAAGUUAUGUAAAUAUUCUAAUAAAUUACUUGAAAGGUGGAUUUAUAAACUCGCAAAAAAAUGCAAAAAAUAUUAG